AUUUCUAUGGAGGAUUUUUUGAGUGCUGUGUCUCCUCAUUAGAAAGUCUCUGCUUAAGGUAGUUUGCUGGUUGACCACCAGCUUGUAAACCAGCUUUUGUCUCACAAUUUCAAUAACCACACGCUGAUAGGAAAGUGCAAACACUGCACAGCCUCAGAACCACAUCCCCCAUAAUUCAGCGCGAACACCGAGGUCGCCUGUGUGACAGAGCCAGAGUUCAUUGUACGCUCCGGAGAAGUCCGAACAUUGCAAAAUGCAUGAUCACCGGGACCAGUGAGAGGUAGUUAUCAACACGUUACCUCUUCUGUCUUUUAGAAUAUGGAAGCCCCACUAAGAGACGGCUUCGACUCGCACGUGUCUCAAACACAGGUUAUACCAUCAGAGCCAGUUUCUAUUAGCGAGAUAACAGCGUUUGCAUGCUAGUCGUUAGCCACAUAUUGACGCUACGCUGAGAUUUUCUCAUCGCUCAUCUUCCGGCUUCGAGAUCGAAGGCCUUUACGGAUGAUUGUUGUUUUUUGUUUGUUAAUGGCUGUGGAAGCCCUUCUAAUAUACUCACGCCUUUACAGAGACAAUAUUCUCUAACGCAUCAUCAACUUAUUUCGACUUCGGGAGCAAACGUUUGUGCGUUCAAUAACAAGUCAAAGUUAAAAGAAUGCAAACAAAAUUGAAGUUAGUUUAAUGGUUACCAUUAGACAUCUGCCAGUUUUCUUACGCCAAGUGAAUUUGCGCCAGGUAGACUACUGUAUCACUGAUGUUGUCUACACAUACCGAGCAGCAUUUAGAAUCAGACAGUCGAGUGACACUGACCCACGUGACUGAAGUCAUACUUAACAGUUCAAUUUAUUUGUCUAGUUAGCAGGGGGUUGAGAUAUCUAUUUGCCCUUACAUAGCUUAUCAGAUGUCAUGUUGUGUGUGUGCGUGUGUGCGUGUGGUGUCAGUCUUUAGGUAUGCUGUGAGCUGACACAGGGCAGCCGCAGUCACUGCACAGGUGAGUGCACAGGUGACGCAGCAGUUGUCAUGGCGGCCGAUGUGCACAGCCAGCCGUGGGAGUCGUCCAAUGGCAGCCUGAGUGUGGAACGCCUGCGCACUGACCGGGCCGACAGCCCAACCCCUGGGCUAGUGGAGGGAACAGAACCAGGUGCAGGUGGUCAGAUGUUUGUCACCACUCAGUCGUUUGAGGACUUGACGGCAGAUACGGAGGAGAGGGCGGAGCCAGAGUGUGCGGAGGGGGAGGGGCUUCGUCUGGAGGAGGGACCAGAAGAGGAGGUGGAGCUACACCAGGAGGAGGGGGCGGAGCCAGGGCGGGAGAAGGAUGAGGACGUGUCCAGUGAGGUGUGGCGCUCACACAGGAAGCACGUGUUCGUGCUGAGCGAGGCGGGGAAGCCCAUCUGGUCGCGCUACGGCACUGAGGAGGCGCUCUCCUCCACCAUGGGCGUCAUGAUGGCCCUCGUCUCCUUCGUGGAGGCCGGCAAGAACGCCAUCCGCUCCAUCCAGGGAGAGGGCUACAGGGUGGUGUUCCUGCGCAAGUCUCCCCUGGUGCUGGUGGGCGUGUCGCGGGGCAGCCAAUCGGACGCGUGCGUGCUGCGUGAGCUGCGCUAUGUGUGGCUCCAGAUCGUGAGUCUGCUGACGCUGGCGCAGCUGCAGCGGCUCUUCCAGUCCAAGCAGAACUACGACCUGCGGCGCCUGCUGUCCGGCUCCGAGCACCUGACGUCCAGCCUGCUGCGGCACCUGGAGCGCGACCCUGGACCCACUCUCAGUGCCGUCACCUGCCUCCCCCUGCCCACUACCGCCCGCGACGCCAUCUCCAGCACACUGCAGCAGCAGGCGCGGGCACGUAGCCUGGUCUUCUCCAUCCUGCUGGCCGGUACUCAGCUGGUGUCGCUGGUCAGGAAGCGAGAUCAGCACCUGCACCACGUGGACCUGCACCUGCUGCUGAACCUGGUGACGGCGUCGUCGGCGUUCCGUGAGGGCGAGGGCUGGACGCCCGUGUGCCUGCCCCAGUUCAACAGUUCCGGCUUCUUCCACGCCCACGUGUCCUACCUGCUGCCCGGCGCUGACCUGUGCCUGCUGCUGCUGUCCACGGAGCGCGAGGACUUCUUCGCUCUGAGCGCGUGCAAGCAGCGCUUCCUGGAGCGGCUGCAGAAACGCAGUGCCUUUGGUGUCCUGCAGGAGGCGCUGCUGAGCCCCAGCUACCCAGUCUCCCAGGUGGGCAUCCCAGAACUACGCCACUUUGUGUACAAGUCCAAGAGCUCUGGCCUCUACACCAGCCCUGAGCUGUCGCUGCCCUACAGCAGUGUUGAGGAGCAGGAGCGUCUGAUGAGUUUAUACCAGCAGCUGCACAGCCGCCUGCACCACCCGACACGGCCGCUACGCACUACCUACCACACCACACACACCGAGAACCUCUACGCCUGGGUCACCAGUGGUUUUGAGCUCUACCUCUGCUUCAGUCCCCUGGGCACUAAGGCGGUCGCCGUGGCAGCCGUCAACAAGCUGCUGA